AUCAACACUCAGGCAGGAUAGUUAACUCCAGUAUUACACUGAUGUAGAGUUUUAAGCUUUAAAACACAGAUGUAAUAUUUAGUUUAAAGGCGGUUAGGACUGAGUCAGACCGCCGUUGCAUCUCUUAAAGCUUCUCAGAUAGCUGCUGUCCUGACGGGUCGCUAACGGCUAGCCGGUGUUACGGUUUAACUGGUGACUUUCUUUCAUUUUAAGAUACGUUACGACAGGUUAGGUUAAUAAGUCUUCUGAUCACAAUUGAGCUUACCCAUAUGGUCAAAUGCUUAGAAAGUACAGACAGAUGAAAAAAUAUUAAACUAUAAAGUCGUUUCUAGGAGAAAACCUACGCGAAAGUCACUGGUUAACACGGUCACCAGUUAAACAGAAACACCGGCGCAGCUAGCUGUCACCGGGUUUGUUAUUGUUCUCUGUAAAGGUGUUUGAGUCUGUUAAAACACAUGAGUGUGUCUCUGGUCGUUAUCCGCCUGGAACUAGCCGACCAGUCUCCUUCUCCUCAAGGUUUCCACUACUCAGCUGUCGAAGGCAUGUCGGAUGAGGAACGGCAGGACAAAGCUUUGGGUUUAGCCAAACUCACUCUGGGAGGAAAGACGGAGCUGGAGAGAGCAGCCGUCCUGCACCAACACAUUGGCAGCAGAGCAAUGGGGGACAUGGUUAUAGAGACCUUUGAGCCCAGUCCAGAUAAAGGAGGAGGUGACGACCCCGGCGGUUCCUCGGAGCAGCACAGUGAAGCUCAGGCCGGUUCGGACAGUAAAGAUGAAACUGAAGCUUCACAGGAGAACGGAGCAGCAACAGGAAACACUCCAGACUCUCCUUCCAAGCAGCUGCCGGACCAGAUCUCUUUCUUCAGCGGGAAUCCUUCGGUGGAAAUCAUCCACGGGAUCAUGCACCUCUACAAGACCAA